CCUCAUCCUCUACUUCUAUGACGGUCUUGCGGAGCAAGAUAGACGCCUGGUGAACGCAGCAUCUGGAGGGGGAAUUGUCAACAAAACCCCUUCCCAAGCUAGGAACCUCAUCUCGGAGUUGGCCGAGAAUUCUAGGCACUACAAUGGGAGGUCAUCAUCAAAACGGGUCAUGGCAGCGGAAUCCAGCAUCUCGUUGGAAAGUCAAGUGGCCGGCUUGACUUCUUUGGUAAAGGAUUUCCUUUUAAAUCCAAAACACCAAGAAGUCAAGGUCUGCGGCAUAUGCUCGACACAGGGGCACCCCACCGAUUCCUGUCCAACACUACAAGAGGAGAAUUCCGAGCAAGUCAAUGCUUUGGGAUUUCAAGGUCAAAAGAGGUAUGAUCCACACUCUAACUCCUACAAUCCUGGGUGGAGAGAUCACCCGAAUUUGAGGUAUGGGAAUCCUCAAAAUCAGUCAUUGCCACCAACUUUCCCAAAGCACCAAGGCCAGACGUCAAGCUCAAGUAUGUCCACCGAGGACAUGAUCCGAGCUCUCACCUCAAAUGUCUCAACCAUGCAACAAAACAUGGUUCAAUUUCAGCAUGAGACCAAAUCCAGCAUUCAGAAUUUGGAAAACCAAGUCAGUCAAAUUGCAAAUGCCGUGAACCGACUUGAAACAAAAGACUCGGGUAAACUCCCAUCUCAAACGGAGCAAAAUCCGAGACAACAUGUGAAUGCUAUAACGUUGAGAAGUGGUGCAACGUUGAAAGAGGCAGAAGAGAACGAUGAAGAGACUGAGGGUGUGGACCCCGGAAAAAUAGUCCCACCGGAGGAGGAAAACACAGGAACCAAGCUUCCCUCACCCUCAUCAUAUGAACAAGAAAUCCCGUUCCCUGAGGCGCUGAAAGAGACAAAGAAGCUAGAAAAAGACGCCGACAUCUAUGAAACCUUCGCAAAGUGUGAGGUAAACAUUCCGCUUCUUAACUUCAUGAAAAAUGUCCCCCGUUUUGCUAAAUUCUUAAAAGAAUUAUGCAAAACAAAAAGAAAAGAUAAAUUGAAAGGGAAACAAGAGGUUAGAGUUAGUGAACACGUCUCGGCCAUUUUUCAGAGGAAACUUCCCGAAAAAUGUAACGACCCAGGCAUGUUCACUAUCCCUUGCAAAAUAGGAGACACCACAUUUCCUAAGGCCUUGUUAGAUUUAGGGGCAUCAAUAAAUGUCAUCCCCUAUUCUGUUUAUAAAACUCUGCAACUUGGCCCAUUACAUCAAACAGGUGUAGUGAUUCAAUUGGCAGAUCAUUCUAGUACUUACCCGAAGGGUGUAGUAGAAGAUGUGCUAAUAGAAGUAGAAAAUAUGGUCUUUCCUGUUGACUUCUAUGUCCUUGAAAUGGGAACUAAUGACCAAACAACUCCCAUCCUUUUGGGUAGACCCUUCAUGAAGACCGCAAAAACGAAAAUUGACGUUUCUAGUGGUUCACUAACUUUAGAGUUCGAUGAUCAAAAAGUAGAGUUCAACAUCUUGGACUCUACGAAAAAACAAAUACAAAAUCCAACUCUGUGUUCUUUACAUGUUGUUGAACCACAAGAACCGCUGUUUUUCAAAGAAGCGGAUAAAACCAGAUGUCUUUUGAGAAAGAAACCCCGGCCUUACUGGAAAAGGCCGAAAAAUAAAAAUGAAAAAUGGCCAAAUAGGGCCUUAAAAAGUGAAACAAGAGAUACUCAUGAUCCCACAUAAAACAAAACCAAAAAAAUGAAUAACGUCAUGCCCCGACGUUAACUAAGGCGCUACUUGGGAGGCAACCCAAGUUUUUUUUUUUUUUUGUAUAAUUCAUUUUUCUUUUUAUUUAUUUGAGAGAUCAGUGAGGGAGGGCACUAAUCAUGGGUUUUUGAAAAAAAAAAAAAAAAAGAAAUAAAAAAAUUUGCAGGUUUUUGAACAUCUGGGGACAUACCCGAUCGAGUAUAACCUUAUACUCGGUCGGGUAUAAGCAAAAAGAAAAAGGGACCGGGCAUUACUCGAUCGAGGGAGCAUUCAAAAUUUGAAAAAUAAGCAAUACCCGAUCGGGUAUCACUAUACACCCGGUCGGGUAUCGCUAGAAAUGCUAAAAUUGAAGGGGACUGAUUCCCACACUCGACCGAGUACACGCUUCAAAAAUGGAAAAAAAAGCAUAUACCCGAUCGAGUAUGGAGGAAUACUCGACCGGGUACAGGAGACAGGCUGCUCACAAAGUUCAUUUUCUAAGCAUACUCGACCGGGUAACCCCACCCUACCCGAUCGAGUACAGGAGACAGGCCGCUCAAAAACUACACUUUCCAGCCAUACCCGACCGAGUACCAGCACAUACUCGAUCGGGUAUACGGGUCUUAUAACCCCAAAUCAGCCCCAAAACACUUCAUCUUCCCCAAAUUCCCAACCCCAUCUCGAACAAAAAACGCCCAAACCCCAUUUUUACACCUUCUCUCUACCAUAUCUCUUCCAAAUCUUCACCAAAUCCACCCAUUCCAACGCCAAAACACUCCCCUCAUCCUCCUCUACACAUUCAUACCCAACAAUCCCAUUCUCCCCCAACUUUCAGAGGUCCGAAAAACCCUACCCCCACCAUUCCAAUUUCGGUUUUCAAAGGCCAAAAUCACUUCAAAUGGCUCCAAGGAAAGAGAAAGGGCAGAGCUCAAGCACUAGGACAAUCAUCUCGGGCUACGAGGGCAUCCUUUUCGUGGACAACGAACAACGCACACGCUUCUUGUCCACAAUUGAAAGGCAAGUCAAACCUUCCCGCUUUUUAUGCCUUGAUGCUCUAAAGGAAUUAGGAGUAUACACAAUAAUGAAGAAAUUUUUUCAUGAGUUGCAUAUGGAUAAAAUUUUCAAAAUGAAAUACAACUCAAAUGAAAAAAUUAUCUAUGAAUUCCUAAGCUCGGUGCACUUUGAGAACAAUGAGGAGUACUUUAGAGAUGAUAAACUCAGGUUUCGAUUGUUUAAUCACAAUCACACCAUCACGAAACUUGAGUUUGCCGAACACUUUGGUAUUCCGGUCCCGUACCAAAAGUCUAUAUCCGACAAUACCGCCUUCGGCCACACCCUAUGGACCAAGAUGACCGGGGAGACCAAAUUUAGCUCCUCCCAACUAUACAUUAGUCAUGUCCAACAUCCAGUCCUACGCCUCUUUUUGAAAUUCCUUGCCAACUCCUUGCUUGGACGUCCCAACAACCAUCAUACAAGGAUGUGGGAUGUAUGCCUCAUCUCGGUUGCCUUAUUCCGUAUCCACGUGGAUUUCAACCUCUGUAAUCUCAUGUGGGCUCAUCUAAAGAAGGAAAGUGUGGCAAAGGGUGCUAUCGUAGUGGGCGGGGUGAUUAUGCACUUGGCCACAAAGUUCGGGUAUACGGAUGACUCUCCUAUACCCGACUACUGUUUAAUGAACAUAUCUUGGCUAGGCCACUCGGGCUGUACUUCUUUUUCACACACCGUUUAUGGUGAAGAAAGGCCCAAAAAUAUGUACAACUGGCACAUCCACCCCAAACCCCUCAAAUACUUCCUCUUGCCCAACCCAGAACUCCCCCAACUCCACUUCAAAACAGGCAGGCCGGAUCAACAUUACCUCUUCCCAAACGCCCUCCCACCACAUCUUCAAGAACCGGAACAGGAACUCCCCCAAAACCAACCCGAUGACGAGCCCUACGAGCAACUCCAUAGCCAUCCAACCAUGAGCCAUGAUUUCCCAGAACAAAGCCAAAACCCUCCACCACCCGACUUCUUUCAACAACUUCUGGAGGGUCAACAACAACUUCUUACGGGAAUAGCUCAAAUGGACAACCGGCUCAACCGAUUAGAGGAAGAGCAAAGAGCCAGUUUUCAAAGAUUGGAGGAUGAGCAAAGGGCCGGCUUUCAACGUUUGGAGGAACUCCGGGAGGCCGAUAGACACCGGUAUGAGGAAGACCAACAUAGGUUCUACGGGCCUAUGUACUCGUUUAUGGCACAGCAGGGAUCCUUCCAUACCAUGGCGAACCCUCCUCCACCACCCUCAUGGUAUGACCCCACUCAUUGGGGUAACUUUGGAGGAUCUGGCUCCGGUGGUAGAGGGUACGACGGCGGAGAUGGCGGGGACACUUACAUGGGAGAUGGUGGCCAAGGGAGCGGUUUUGGAGGGAGCUACUACGGAGGAGAAGGCGGGCACUAGGGACAGUGCGUGAUUCAAGUGCGGGGGAGACACUCAUGAUGGCACUCAUUGUAUCCUUAUGAAGAAUAUGAAGAUUCAAGAUAAAGAAGAAGAGAGGAGGAGAAAAGAAGACAACACUAGGAGGCCAUUAAACCCAAGAUGCUCUUUUGUGAUUUGAGUUUAAAACUCAUUUUUUGUAAUCCUUGGUGGUCUUUAUGUUUGUAUUAUCUUUUUGUUGAACUGUGGAACUUUUGGACAAACAUUGACACUUGUAAACAUUUGAUCUUACUCGAGACGAGUAAAGGUUUAAGUGUGGGGG